UAAAACGAUUGUGUAACUUGCGGAUUUGCAAGUCGAUUUUAUUGUCAUCAGUAAGUGCAAUGUAUUACAGACGGGUAUAACUCGCCGUAGUGAGUAAAAAACACAAGGACGACGCGAUCUGCCGCUUCAAAGAUGCCAUAAAAGUGCCUUAUUCGAUAUUAGCGAGGUGUGUAACACCGUCGCUAACGAAAUUAUACGCAAUCGCUGCUCGGCUUUCCCGGGGCAAAAAUCGCAGAACGUCGCUUUCCGCGCUGCGAAUAUGCGUCGGACUAAAUACGUGAUCUUCGCGACGUCCUGGUGGGUGCUUGCAGUGGUCGGGAAUGUCAUCCGCAACGAGGACAUCUGCGGGUCCCACAAUGGCAGACGCAUGUACCUGGAGCUGGGCGAGAAGGGUGUCCUCUACGCGAAGAACGUCACCUUCGUCAGGAACGCGCCGUCCAGGCAGCCGGCGCCGCGUCUCUACGCGACGACUAACAGCUCGCAUCAUCAGUGCAGCCUUGGACUGGUGACGUGUCCGUCCUGCGUGAUCGUCGUCACUUUCAGGAGCAUCGCGUUGUCGCAUCACUGCGGCGACGGAGGUGUCGUAAUGGAUAGCCCCUGCAGGUGCGACUACGUGUGGCUCUCGGAGCCACCCUACGAGGACGUGUCCGGCACACCGUUCUGCGGAUUUUACGCACCGAUCACGUACAGAUCGAGCACGAGAACCCUGUCCAUAAACCUGCUCUAUAGCCAGUCCCACAAGCACGCCUUCACCAUCGAAUACACGGCGGAAAGAAAUAGACUGCACUUGAAAGGCACGGAAAUGACAUCGGGGCCGCCGACAAAGGGCUCGAACGGCACCGGCGGCGGUAUUCUGACCUCGCCGUUUUUCCCGGCUCGAUAUCCCCGGGACCUGGGCCUGGAAUAUAUCAUCACGUGUCCCAGCGAGGCCCUCACCUGCCGGAUCAGGCUGCUCUUCAGCGACUUCCAAUUGGCGUCGGUCUCCAUCAUGGAGUUCUACGACUGGAACAGCCAACGCUUGGACGUGAGCAGCGGCGCGAGAUUUCGACCGCCGGUCAUCGUCAGCUCCGGACCGUCCUUGCUCAUCAGGUUCUACGCGAACGGCGGCACCGGUCUGGGAUACAAGGCCUUCUACUCAUUCGUGAUCGGCCACACGUUCGACAAGUCCGUGCAACCGAUCACCGACUGCGGCGGAUACGUGGAAAACUUGGGCGGCGCUAUCACGAUGAUGAACAUGGUCGGCCAGGGGGUGAAGACCUACGACUGCGUCUGGCUGAUCCGGCCGCCUAAGAACUUCCUGCACAUGAAGACGCACAUGUAUCUGAAGGUAGUCGGUUUCGCCGACAUGGCCGGCAAUACGGAGCUGAUCAUAAAGGAGGGCCCAACCUCGGCUUUGAUGUCGUUGGAAGUCAUCAGGCACCCGGCGAGCCAGCUGCAGCCGCCUAGACACAGAGAACACGUCGCCCCGGUCUCCAGCGGGUUCCACGUCAGUCUUCGUGGCACAUUCGGCCCGAAUUCUCACUUGGCGAUCGCCUACGCGGCCUUCAGCUACAUGGACUGCUUCGCCGGCAACGACUUCCUCUGCCAGAAUCACAGGUGCAUCCCCAGCCAGUUAAACUGCGACGGCUUCGAUCACUGUGGCGAUAACAGCGACGAGCCGUCGACGUGUUUUCAGGACUGGGAAGUGGAGCCGCGCGAUCGCAAGUGGCACACGAACAAAGCGAAUUACUACUUCCCGAAGAUCGAUCGAUACCCCGAUCUGAAAACGGCCACCCUGGUGUUCGUUGCCAGCAGCCUCGGUCUGAUUGUCCUGAUAUCGGCCCUCAUUAUACUGCUCUACAGAAUAGGAGCCAGGGCGAGACAACAAAGGGAGCUGCAGUCUCGUCUCGAGACAAUCAGCGAGCUUCUAGUUUUUAAUAUUGCAGACGGCACACGGAUUGAUGAAAUAUCCAUUCCGGACGACCCACCCGUGUACGAAGCUCCGCCGGGCUACGAGGAGGUCGCGAAGCUCGUUUUGCCGAACAAGGCUCGGUGCUUGAAUCGCGAAUCUUGCAACAGAAGCUCCCCGAACCAGCACGAGGACGCGAAUUCCUCUACCUACCUGGUAGUGGAUGGCGCGAGCAACAGUCGUAGCAGUCAAACGACCCCGAUACCGUCGGGGAACAAUCAACGGCCACGUGUACCCAAGAGUCCGCCGCCCCCUUACAUCACGCCGCCCGGAACUAUAUCCAGAAAUGUAAUAGCCGGCUUGUCGGCCUCGAUGAAACAGAUCUGUCCGAUCCGUCGUACAUGGCUCCGACGUAGUGCGCAAUAUCCCCAAUCCGUCGAUGCCUCGUCCGUUCAUGUCGCAGCUACGAUGAAUCGUCCCGCCACUUUGGACGCGAACUGGCGACCCGACGGUCCUCCGAAGGAGACUCAGGUCGCUGCGGAAGAUGCUGCGGAAACGACGGAGGAGAAUCACCGGAGUGCAUCGGGAGAACAUUACGACGAGGUCGUCGACGGACCGGACGACCGAAACUCCAGCUGCUCCUGCGAAGGCGCAUGCGGCUGCGCCAUCAGCAGAGAUCUUCAGGACCUCCUGAUCGGCGAUUCCCCGAACAAUUCGACUACACCGACAAGCCACGACGACGACCGCGAGAUACCGGAGCCGGAAAACGAUCGUACGAUUGCGUCUACUUCUGCGAAAAAGACCAACGAUUGCCAGGAGACGGAGGAUUCCUCGAUAUCGAAGCACGUCAUCAUACGCCUCCUAGGCAGCACGCUGACCAAACCGUCGCAGCAGGGCGCCAGCUUGACCUCGACGGCGGCGUCGUCGCCGACCUCCGGCACCCCCUUCCGCGAAGCUUCUUCGAGGAAGCUGUCCGUGUGUUCCCGCGACAGCUGCUUCACCAGGAUCUCCACAUUGAGCGCGUGCAACAGCUACGAGAAGCUGCAGGACGAGUUCGAGAUCAUGUCGGAGGCGGCGAGCCCCAGCAAGAUAGCGAGCACGUCGAACGGCACGCCGAGGAACAUCCUCGGCCGGCGCGGCAGCAAGAGACGCUACUCCAGCUGCGACCUGGACAGCCUCUACGAGGGCAUCCGCGUCUUGGACUCGUACUUGGCGCGCAGGAACCUCAACGUAUCCCAUGGACACCGGCAAUCGGUCGCUGUGAUGUUGUUCGGCACUCCAGAGCACGGGAUUGCGCGCAAUCCGACCGGCUCGUCGCAACGGACCACGAGGGAGUUGCGGGAGAGGAUGCGAGCCCGCAUAUGGCGUUCCAGCGAGGAUGCCUCGUCGAGUUAAUUUAAUUGUGAUUAUACGUGCAAGGCAGCUGGGCCACAGAGCGAGAGGGAAAUCAGACUUCGAGCGUCGUAGACCUCGACAGAGAGGAAUUGAUUAUCGAGGAAAAAGAAUAUGAUUCUAUGUAUCCGAGUUUUCUUACUUUUCAGGCGAGCGAAGAAAGAGAAAAAUAAUAAUAAUAAUGAUUAAAUAAUAUACUGUCGAAUUAAUCUUCUCUUGCCAACGAGAUUACGAGAUUGGAGGGCUAACGGAAUAUAAUGGUUUUAAAGAUCUCUUGGCUUCAACCGAAUUAACAACACCGUAAAUCCAAGUGUGUUAUUUUUACACGCAUAAAUCUGUCACAAAAUGACAUGAUUUGACUGAAGCUAUUUUUACAUGUUUCUUGUCGAGGAUUUAACUUACGUCAUUUAAAACGUUUAAGUCGUAUUAAAUUAACACGUUAAAUUACGACGUCAACACGUCGAAUCAUAGUAAAUGAUGUGAUUUGAAAUGGCAAGACGCGCGUGAGAAAUAUGUAAGAAGAGCUUCAGCUAAAGGAUUUGCAGUGAAUGAACAUUAGAAAACGAGCGAAGGCUAGAGCAGCAUUUUUUAUUAAAUCCAAAGAAACCUUUCUCUUUAUGUAGACUGCUGCGUAGGAUGACUUUCUAAUAAAGGUGCAAUUACUCAGCAAUCCGCUGUGUCACACACUCGAACAACUCUCUAUAUCGGGUUUUAUUUCUGCAUCGGUUUUAUUUACAGAAAACGGAGAGAGAAAGGGAAAGGGAGGGGGGAUAAAAAAUAUUCCCACGCGAAGAAUGUGUGAGACGCGUCAGUAAUAAUAAUAACAAUAAUUAAAAUAAUUUAUAAUAAUAAUUUAUCCACCUGUGGGCAGAUAAAAACCCAUCUCUCGUGCAUCAAAGACGAGUGGGCAAAUCCCCGUGGACGACUUCCUCCUCAUGGAUGUGCCUCCCUUUCGCAAAGGUCAAGCUCGCGCGACGUCUUCGAAAUCAGAAUCUCGCGGAGACGAGCGAACACGCUCGACGAAUGCGAAGAACGUUUCUACACUCGUGCUUUCUCUCAAACCUUAUCGCUGUCGUCUACGGAAUUUGAUUCACAAUUUGGCUCACUCGAUCCUCGACGGAGAGAGACUCGGAUGGCGAAACGCUCGUUAUAAUUACAUGUCUUACGAGCGCCGUCGGGCUCGCGUCGUCCUCGGCGGCGGCGUCGUCCUCUAAGUUUUAAAAACCUAACGUAACGUCGUAGUAAAAUAUAUGUCACGAUAUAUUCAUUGGCCUUUUUGUGGUAUUUUCUUUCUUCUCAGCUUAUACACGUAGAGUCCCCGUACUGCUCGUGCGCGAGGGCGACGAGGCUUCGAACCGCCCUCGGUACGGGAAGCAGAGGCGUAACACUUUGACGCUCGAUUAGCACAGAACGAACGGACUUUGGCACUUCUUGUAAGACAGGCACACGCGUUACUUACGAACCAGAACUAAUGUUUCUAAAUGCGGUACGUUCGCAAGGGCGACGAAUACGGGCUCGCGUAAUAUCUCCACGAUUACGUGCUUUGGCCUCCUUAUCAUCGGUGCGUUCUUCGCACGCUCAUGCAUCUUUCACGAAUAUCGAUCCGAGAGAAAGAGAGAGAGAGACAAAACGUGCAAUCGUAACACUCGCGCGAUCGAUGGACGCGCAACGGUGCGUGGAGGAGGAAACAAAAGAGGGGAGGCAAGUAGAAGUAGAUAAAGGAUUAUCGCGAGCGACACGCACAUACACGCUCCGACACGCGCGAUAAUGUACAUUAAUUACACGAUAAAUUACAGAGGUGUGACGGAUUCCGCUGGGCUCAUUUCCCCACAUACGAUGCUCGUUUUCUCCCGACGAUUAAUCCACGUAAACGGAGAGCGCGCGCGGCGAGCUUAGCCAGCUAAGCGCCGAGAACGAAAUUCGAGACUGCGAAGCGCGGAAGCACUGCCUGUCGAUUCGCCGUCGAUUCGAGAGCCCAAAUCUAACGUCGCGUCCAACGAACGCACGGAAGAAACAAUUCCGUUUGUGCAACUGGAUGCAACUGGGGACCAGACGACAACUCGAUCGUACAGUCGGCAGAUUAAAACAAACACUAACCAACGGUAACAUUACAUAUCUAUGUUGGAAUUUCUCACUCUCACUGUGUUAAGAUUGGUCCUUGCUGACAUUUUGGCGUGAAAUUUUUCACACACCCGUGCGUUAAUUUAACAUAUUGUUUUCAUAUCACUUCAAUAUUUUGCGUUGAAUCGAUUCACGUUUCGUGUUGAUUCAAUAUGUGUAAUAACGGUUGUAAAUAUUGAGAUAACGCAUUUUAUACCUCACAAUGUUGAUUAAACAUAUUAUGUAUAUCAAUUUUAUGUUAACUUUGAAUUACAAUAUAUUAUAUGUACGUGAGAUGUAUACACAAUGUUUGUGUUACUUUUCAACAUAUUUACCUUGUGUUAAAUUAACACAAAAAUUUUCGUGGAUUGCGUUUGGGACAUG